AUGAAUUACGAAACUGUAGAUGAUCCAUAUUCUGAUGAAUACCUGUACCAUGAAUAUGUCGAGUAUGGAGAUCGAUGGAUCUACUACGAUUAUCUUACCGAAGAUUUUAGAGCAUUUUUCGAAAGCCUAAACCCGAUUAUAGAAGUUUCCAAACAGUUAUAUGAUAUUGCUUGCUUCUUCAGUUUAUUCAUCAAUUUCUUUCAUCUAUCCAUUCUCUCUCGCAAAACGUUAAGGACUAAUCUUGUCUACCUAAUAAUGAUUGGAAUCUGCAUUUGUGAUAUUUUCCAGUCCCUUGGUAACAUCACACAGAUUGGAAUGGACUACAUCUAUCAAGUCCAAGCAUGUUACAACGGAACCAGAUACUCUCAUCUGAUGGUCAAUUUAAUUGCUAAAACUUUGCAAAUCCUAUGUCGACGAGGCUCAAGUUUUCUUGCAUUGUAUAUUGCGACAAUUCGAGCAUUAUCGGUUCUUUUCCCGAUGAAUAAUAUUAUCAGCGCUAUGACACAGAUAAAAGCCGGGGUUUUGGUUAUGUUCCUUGUCAGUGUUGCUUCUGGUUCUUGGAGUUUGGUUUAUUUUGUGAAAUCAAAAUUUGUCGUGGUACAAAACUGUGACAGCGAAAUGGUUGACUACUUCUCCUUCACUGGACCAGUCGUAAAACUGUUGAGACCUAGCUACCUGCCAUAUCGACUUGUCGACCGAGAAACAUGGGAAUUAACCUACUUGAUGGUAGAUGGAUUCGUUGCAAUAUUCAUCAGUAUAUGCUAUUUCCUUGUUGUUAUCGCUUUAGUCAUCGGAAUAAGAAGAGCCAAUAAGAUAAGGAAAAAUGUCAGCAAGGAGGAGCAAUCCAGGACCAAUACAUAUGCAUUGGUAUUGUCUAUGGCGUUCAGUUUAUUUGUCUCAGAAGCGUUUUAUGCUGCCUUAUUCUACGCAAGUGAUAUUUAUUUCGGCUAUAGAGAGCAAGAAGAAUUCAAAAAGCUGGACUCCUUCGUGCUCACUCUCCAAAUCGUCAACUCUUCUGUUCACUGUCUCAUAUGCUACUGCAUGUCGUCACAGUAUCGGGAUACUGUAAGAGGAUUGUUCGGAAAGAGAAGAGAAGAUAAAUCUAUUGUCUCCAUUGUCCGUUCUUCGUCUGAAUAA